AUGGAUACUCAAGACAAGUACCCCAAGAUAACAAACGAAGACGCCUUUCGUCUGACAACAACAACAGACUUGGAUCUCUCAAAGCUGGCCUCCCAGGAUGAUACGGCUGAGGAAGUUGACAUCAAACAGCUGGAGGACAUCCUGAAUGGGUGGCAAAAACAGAUUGAGCUGGUCCUGGUGAACAGUAAACUGCUGAGGAGAGAGGUGGCCUCCGGAGGGCCCCUGACUGAGUUAAAACACUGGCAACAGAAAUCUUCACUCCUGAACUCCAUCUUCAGCCAGAUCAGAGGCUCCGAGUGUCAGGCGGUGGUCAUGCUACUCUGCCGCAGCCGUCCCUCAAAGCUGCGGGAGUGGCUGGAGCUCGAUGCCAGACUCAUCGUCCAAGCUCACAGGGCAAAAGCAUACGAGAAGCUGCUGAGCAGCCUUUACGAAGCCUUUGAGCCGCUGUACAGCUUCAACCCGCCUGCUCUGAUGCAGAUCAUUCCGAGGAUCUUCAUUGCCACCGAUUUGAUUCACCGCUUCUCACCGUACGAUGACACGAGUGAAAAUGUUUCUGCGCUGCUCGUCCAGGUCACAGAUCAGCUGGUCACGCAGUGCAGAUCAUACGUCACCGACAACAACACGUGUCCCGUUUGGAGCCAAGAUCCAAAGGACCUCGUCAGGAAAAUUCAGGACUGUAACCGUCUGCAUCAAGAGUACAAGUCCUGCUUCCAGCAAACAACGGCUCAGUCAGAGGAGAGAGACGGGAUCAACGCCCUCAAGGUUUCAGAGGAAAAAGUCUUCUGCCAGCUUGGGGAUUUCUGCAGGAAGCUGGAGAUGAUCACACAGACUCUGUCCGUGCUGGAGACCUUUGACUGUCUGGGAAACGCAGACAUCAAGGGCAUGAAGCCUCUGGCCCAACAGAUCAACACCUUGUCCUCCAGCCUGAAGGGGAAGCCGUACGACGCGUUGGCUCCCGGAGAAACGCAGUUCCAAAAGGAUUUUGAGGCGUUUCUGAAAGAUGUCAGGAACUUUGAGAAUCGGCUGCAGGAAUUCAUGCGUUGGUCUUUCUCAGAAGUGGAUUCAUGGGACCAAGCUUCCUCUCUCAUGAAGCGAUUUCAGAGCCUCAAAAUUCCCUGUCUGGACGCACAGAUCAACAACAUCUUCAGCGAGGUUCUCCUGAAGAUUUACGCCUCAGAUUUACUGCGUGUGAAACUGGUGUUUGACCGUCAGAAUGACAACCCUCCAUUAAAGAGCAACGAGCCUCCUGUGGCCGGAAGGAUCCGCUGGGCUCGGGACCUCUUCACAACAAUCGAGGAGCCCAUAUCCUUCAUCAAAGAGAACUCUGACGUCCUCUCCGGCCCGGGGGGGCAAGACGUGAUCCGGAUGUACAACCGGACUGCUGCCGGCUUGGUGAAGUUUGAGUGUUUUCACCACCAGGCGUGGUUCGACGAAGCGUCCAAGCUGGAUCUGGGAAUCCUGAAUGUCACUCUGUUGGUCUGUCACCCGACAACAAAGAAGUUCUUUGUCAACUUCGAUCCAGUGCUCACUGAGAUCAUGGAGGAGACCAAGUCUUUGAACAGCAUGGAUCUGGAGGUCCCCAAAAACGCUCUGCAGUUGAUGGAAUACACACUCCUCAUAGGCGCCACACUGUUCAUCUGGUCGUGCUCAUACCUGGACAAGUACUUCCAAGAUUUGGAUGCCGCUUUGUCCGAGCUCACGACGCUUGCAGGAAAGGUGCGAGGCAUCAGUGAGAAGCACAUCGACACCAAUCUCCAGGACAUGUCUGGGACUUUACUCCUCGAGCUUCCAGAAGAUGCGUCCUCAGUCCAGCGCCUGACCGACCUGAACAAGCGCCACUGCCAGCAGUGUGUGAAGAGACUGGAGCUGCACUGCAGACACCUGGAGAGAGCCAUGGAGGAGCUGAGUGACGUGCUGCGACCGUCCAGCAGUGAGGAGGAGCCUUCUGCAGAGUUCCAGCUCGUCAAACCCAACGUGGUACUGGCUCCCACUGCGGACGAGAUCCAACAGGCCGUAAAUCAACUCAUCCUCCUGGUGCUGGAUGUGAGCAAAGGGGUUUUGUGGUCUCCAGAGUUCAGCCACGGUCACACAAAGAAAAAGGACAACUUGUUUGACCGUGUUUCCAAACAACGAGACGUGGAGAAGGCCGUCGCCUUACUGAAGCAAGGCCUCGGCUCCCAGAUGGAGAAAACCCGAGACGUCCUCCAACAGUUUGAGCCCUUCAGAGAGAUCUGGGACCAGGACAAGGACGUCACUGUCAAGGAGUUCUUCGACAGCAGCCCAUCUUUAACCCAGGUCCAGGCUGACCUCCAGCGCUACGACUCAGUGGAGGACAACAUUCAGGACAUCAAGGCCGUCCUCGUUUCAGGCUUCAUGGAGAUCUCAACAGGUGAGCUGAAGUCGUUCCUCUCCGCCGAGACCAGCGCCUGGAAGGAGCUGCUCUGCAGAAGCCUGAGAGAGGAGUACCAGAAGAAGACCACGGACCUCCGGGCGCAGGGCGACCAGUACCUGGCGCUGCUGUCACAGCCUUUGGUUGACCUGAAAGAUGCGCUUCGUGCCUCAAAGACGCUGACUGACCUGCAAGAGGCAGAACUGGACAUCCACACCACGCUGACCUCUAUCAAGGACGCCUACGAACUCCUGAUGCAGAGUGAAGCGGAGGUGACCCAGGAAGAAGCGCUGGGAGUUAAAAAGCUCAGGCAGUUCUUCGACAAGCUCAAGUCUAAAGCCAGUUCAGUGCAGGAGAAGUUUGUCAGUUUGCAGCCCCAGUUGAGUGUGGACCUCCUGCAGAGUGUGGCUGUUUUCAAACACGACGUUCCUGCGUUCAUGAAGGAGUAUGAGACUGAAGGUCCAGGGGUCGAGGGAAUCGCUCCGCAGGAGGCCAGCCGCAGGUUCCACGCCUUUCAGGCUCGGUUUGAGGGGUUAUGGGACAAUUUCAACUUGUACUCAUCAGGAGAGCGGCUUUUGGGUCUGCCAGUCACACGGUAUCCUGCGCUCCACGCCACCAAGAAAGAGCUGGACCUGCUUCAGAAGCUGUACGGUGUGUUCGACGCGGCGAUGAGUAAGAUCAGCGGCCACUGCAGCACCUUGUGGACAGAGGUGGACAUCACAACCAUCAAAGCAGAACUUUUGGAGUUCCAGAACAGGUGCCGGCGGCUCCCCAGUGCUCUGAGGGACGGGCAGUCCUUCCUGAACGUGAAGCAGACCAUUGACGACUUCAGCGAGUUGUGUCCUCUGCUGGAAAUGAUGGCAGACAAAGCAAUGAUAAAGAGACACUGGCAGCAGAUCACAGACUUGACCGGGCACCGGUUCGAGGUGGAGUCGGAUGCGUUCACUCUGCAGAAUGUCGUGGAAGCGCCUCUGUUGGAGCACAAGGACGACAUCGAGGACAUCUGCAUAUGUGCCGUGAAGGAGAAGGACAUCGAAGAGAAGCUGUCCCAAGUGAAGGAGGUGUGGCUGGAGCAGAGGCUGAGCCUGACCACAUUCAAGCAGAGAGGAGAGCUGCUGCUGAAUCCAGGCGAAACGACGGAAAUCCUCACACUUCUGGAAGACGGCCUGAUGGUGCUGAGCUCGCUGCUCACCAACAGAUACUGCAGCUUCUACAAAGCAGAGGUCCAGGACUGGAGCUCCAAGCUGCUGACGUGCUCCGACGUGAUCGAGCAGUGGUGCGUGGUCCAGAACCUGUGUGUCUACCUGGAAGCCGUGUUCGUGGGAGGAGACAUCGCCAAGGAUCUUCCUCAGGAAGAGGAGCGUUUCCAGAAUAUCGACAAGUCCUGGGUGGAGGUGAUGGAGCGAGCGCAGAAGGUCCCGAAUGUGGUGGAGUGCUGCGCAGGCGAGCCCACUCUGGCCAAACGGCUGCCCGGCCUGCAGAAAGAGCUGGAAUACUGUCAGAAAUCUCUGGCAGUGUACCUGGAGAAGAAAAGAAUGCUGUUUCCACGGUUCUUCUUCGUCUCUGAUCCGUCUCUUUUGGAAAUUCUUGGACAAGCCAGCGACUCUCACACGAUUCAGCCGCAUCUCCUCGGACUGUUUGACAACGUGAAUGAAGUCGAGUUUGAUGCAACAGAAUAUGACAAGAUUCUGAGUGUUCGCUCCCGAGAAGGAGAGGAGCUGCCGCUGAUCCAGCCCGUCGUGGCCCAGGGACCGGUGGAGCAGUGGCUCGGCCAGCUGUUGGUGCAGCAGCAGGCUUCGUUACACUCCAGGAUCAGAGAAGCCGACGCGGAGAUCAUGGAGGGAGACUUGGAACUCAUCCCCUUCCUCGACAAGUUCCAGGCGCAGGUGGGACUGCUGGGAAUCCAGAUGCUCUGGACACUGGAUGCUGAGGAGGCUCUGGAACAAGCAGAAUCCAAUAAGAAGAUCAUGCGUGACACCAAGCAGCAGUUUCUCAGCAUGCUGGCGACACUGAUCAAGCAGACCACCCACGACCUGAGCAAAUUCGACCGAGUGAAAUACGAGACGCUGGUGACGAUCCACCUGCACCAGAGCGACAUAUUCAACGACCUGGUUGCAAAGCGCAUUAGAGGUUUCAAAGACUUUGAAUGGCUGAAGCAGACCAGAUUUUACUACAGCCCAAACUCGGAUAAGGUCUUCGUCCCCAUCACCGACGUGAUCUUCGUGUACCAGAACGAGUUCCUGGGCUGCACCGACCGCCUGGUCAUCACUCCACUCACCGACAGAUGCUACAUCACGCUGGCCCAGGCUCUGGGAAUGAGCAUGGGAGGAGCGCCCGCCGGGCCCGCCGGCACCGGGAAGACUGAGACCGUGAAAGACAUGGGCCGCUGCCUGGGCAAGUACGUGGUGGUGUUCAACUGCUCCGACCAGAUGGACUUCAGAGUCGGAAGGAUAUAUAAAGGCCUCGCCAUGUCCGGAUCGUGGGGCUGCUUCGACGAGUUCAACAGAAUCGACCUGCCGGUUCUCUCCGUGGCCGCUCAGCAGAUGAACGUCAUUCUGGCGGCGCGCAAGAAUCAGCAGAGCACCUUUGUCUUCACUGACGGAGACCGCGUGGAUCUGAACCCGGAGUUCGGACUGUUCAUCACCAUGAAUCCCGGGUACGCGGGCCGCCAGGAGCUCCCCGAAAACCUGAAGGUGCUGUUCAGGACCGUGUCCAUGAUGGUUCCAGACGGCAGGUUGAUCAUCAUGAGAGUCAAGCUGGCCAGCUGUGGCUUCAACCAGAACACCAUCUUAGCCCGGAAGUUCUUCGUUCUGUACAAACUCUGCGAGGAACAACUCACCAAACAGGUCCACUACGACUUUGGGCUGAGGAACAUUCUGUCGGUGCUCAGAACGCUCGGCGCCUGUAAAAGAGAAAGACCCGACGCAGAGUCCAGCAUCGUGAUGAGAGUGCUGCGCGACAUGAACCUGUCUAAACUGGUGGAUGAGGAUGAGCCGCUCUUCCUCAGUCUGAUCAACGACCUGUUUCCUGGCAUCCGGCUGGACGGAAGCACCUACACUGACCUCCAAGCUGCCGUGUCCAUCAGGUGGAGCUGGCCGGGCCUCGUCAACCACCCGCCCUGGAACCUCAAGCUGGUCUCAGCUGUACAGGCCAUGCUUGUUCGCACACGGCUGAUGAUUGGGCCGAGCGGAAGCCGGGGAAGACCAGCUCCAUCAACAUCCUCUAUGCGAGCUUUGAAUGAAUGUGGGAGUCCGCACCGGGAGAAGAUGAAUCCCAAAGCGAUCACAGCUCCGCAAUGUUUCGGCCGGGGUGCGGCCCUGGACGCAGCCACCAACGACUGGACGGACGGGAUCUUUCUCCACCCUGUGGAGGAGGACGCUCAAGCGAAGAAAGGUGAAUUCAUCUGGCUCGUGCUGGACGGGCCCGUGGCCAUAUGGAUCGAAAAUCUCAACUCUGUGCUGGACGACAACAAACUGACCCUGGCGAACGGCGACCGCAUCCCGAUGGUCGCCCAACUGCAGCUGGUGUUCGAGGUGCACACAUGGAGAACGCCUCCCCCUGCCACCGUGUCCCGGCUGGGCAUGGUCUUCAUGAGCUCGUCUGCUCUCGGCUGGAAGCCCAUCCUCCAGGGCUGGGCUCGCAAGCGCACCGCGCAGGAGCAAAGCAUUUUGGGUUUGUACAGCAAGAUCUUCAAGGACGUCUACGUGUUCAUGAAGCAGAACCUGAAACCCAAAAUGGAGCUGUUGGAGUGCAACUACCUGACGCAGUCGGUGAACAUCCUGGAGGGCCUCCUCCCCACCACGGAAGUUCCCGGCUUCGCUGGUAGCAAACACCUGGAGCGCCUCUUUGUCUUCUCGCUCAUGUGGAGUGUGGGAGCGCUGCUGGAGCUGGAGGACCGGGACAAGCUGGAGGCCUACAUCAGGAGCCACGGCAGCCACAUCGACGUGCCUCUGAAGCAGCCCGGAGAAACGAUGUUCGAGUACAUGGUCAACCCCGAAGGUGACUGGUGUCAUUGGAACGAGCACGUUGGGGAAUACGUGUAUCCAACCGACCACGUGCCGGACUACACCUCCAUUCUUGUGCCCAACGUGGACAACACGAGGACGGCGUUCCUGCUGGAGGCGAUCGCCAAACAGCGCAAGGCCGUCCUGCUGAUCGGCGAACAAGGAACAGCGAAGACAGUGAUGAUCAAAGGCUUCACCAAGAAAUGACCGGAGACCGACCUCUUCAAGUCCCUCAACUUCUCCUCCGCCACAGAACCGUCAUGUUUCAGAACCCUGGAAAGCUACAUCGAGAAGAGGAUUGGCAGCACUUACGGACCUCCGGGAGGACGCAGGAUGACCGUCUUCGUCGAUGACAUCAACAUGCCUGUUGUGAACGAAUGGGGAGACCAGAUCACCAACGAGAUCGUGCGUCAGAUGAUGGAAAUGAGCGGCAUGUACAACCUGGACAAGCCGGGAGACUUCACCACUGUGAAGGACGUCCAGAUCCUGGCUGCCAUGAUUCACCCGGGCGGCGGGAGGAACGACAUCCCGCAGCGACUCAAGAGACAGUUCACCGUCUUCAACUGCACGCUGCCGUCAAACGCCUCCAUCGACAAGAUCUUUGGCGUCAUCGGCUGUGGAUAUUUCCAUGGAUGCAGGAAUUUCACCAGUAGCGUCACAAACACGGUGAAGUCCCUGGUGUCCGCUGGGAGGAUUCUGUGGCAGUGGACAAAGGCCAAAAUGCUUCCGACACCGUCCAAGUUCCACUACAUCUUCAACUUGAGAGAUCUGUCCAGGAUUUGGCAGGGCAUGCUGACCAUCAGAGCAGAGGAGUGUGGCGAUGUCCCCACUCUCCUGGCUCUGUUCAAGAGUGAAUGUACCCGAGUGAUCGCAGACAGGUUCAUUUGCUCCGAGGACAGAGAGUGGUUCGACGAGUCCCUGACCCGUGUCAUCAAGGACCACGUGGACCCGAGGCUCGUCUCGGAGCUUCACCCCGAGCCCUUCUUUGUGGACUUCUUCCGAGACGCACCCGAACCCACCGACGAAGACGAUGAGGACGCCUGCUUUGACGCUCCCAAAGUUUAUGAGCUGGUCCCCAACUUUGAGUUUUUGUCGGAGAAGCUGAAGUUUUAUCAGACUCAGCACAACGAAAUGGUCCGAGGCUCCAGCUUGGACCUGGUUUUCUUCAAAGAUGCAAUGACUCAUCUUGUCAAGAUCUCCAGAAUCAUUCGAACUGACGGUGGGAACGCCAUGCUGGUGGGAGUGGGAGGAUCAGGGAAGCAGAGCCUGACUCGCCUGGCUUCAUACAUCGCCGGAUACGACAUCUUCCGGAUUACUCUGACCAAAACAUAUAACAUGAGCAAUUUCAUGGACGACCUGAAGGAUCUGUACAAGACAGCCGGCGCCGAGGGAAAAGGAAUCACCUUCGUCUUCACGGACGGCGACAUCAAGGACGAGGCUUUCCUGGAGUACCUCAACAACAUUCUGUCUUCAGGAGAGAUUUCCAAUCUGUUCGCCAAAGACGAGAUUCAAGAGAUCACCCAGAAUCUGAUCCCAGCGAUGAAGAAGGAGUCUCCCCGAACUCCGCCAACGUUCGACAACCUGUACGACUUCUUCAUAUCCCGAGCACGGAAGAAUCUGCACGUGGUUCUCUGUUUCUCUCCGGUGGGACCCAAGUUUCGGUCCCGGGCGCUGAAGUUUCCCGGCUUGAUUUCCGGCUGCACCAUGGACUGGUUCACUCCGUGGCCCGCCGAGGCUCUGGCGGCCGUGGCCAAUCACUUCCUGUCCGAUUUUCCGAUGGACUGCCCAGCCGAGGUGAAGUCUGCUGUGGUGACCACCAUGGGAACCUACCACGACAAAGUGGCCGACGUCUGCGAGCAAUACUUUGAAAGGUUCCGACGGAGGACUCACGUCACCCCCAAGUCCUUCCUGUCAUUCAUAAAUUGUUAUAAGACGGUGUAUGCCGAAAAGCACGAGUCCAUCAACACCCUGGCAGAGCGCAUGAAUGUCGGGUUGUUCAAACUGGUGGAGGCCAACGAGUCGGUGGCAAAGCUGUCAGAAGAGCUGGUGGUGAAGGAGAAGGAGCUGGCUGUAGCGUCUGCUAAAGCCGACGAGGUGGUGGCAGAGGUGACGGUCAGCGCCGAGGCGGCCACCGUAGUCAAGAACGAGGUGGAGAAGGUGAAGGAUAAAGCCCAGAAGAUCGUGGAAGGGAUCGAGAGGGAGAGAGCUAUCGCAGAGGAGAAACUGGAAGCUGCCAGACCAGCGCUGGAAGAGGCGGAAGCUGCACUCAACACCAUCAAGCCAUCUGAUAUUGCCACGGUGAGAAGGCUGGCCAAGCCUCCAAAGCUGAUCAUGACCAUUAUGGACUGCGUCCUGAUUCUGUUCAAGAAGAAGACGGACUGCACCGUUUCUCAAGACGCCAAAAUGUCGCCCUCAUGGCCCCAGGCCUUGAAGCUCAUGAGCGCCCCGGGUUUCCUGCUGUCCCUGCAAAACUUCCAGAAGGACACGAUCACUGACGAGGUCGUGGCCCUGCUGGAGCCCUACUUCGCCCUGCCGGAAUACACCAUGGAAAACGCCAGGAAAGUGUGCUCCAAUGUGGCUGGCCUGUUAGCCUGGACCCGUGCGAUGGCGACCUACUACCACAUCAAUAAGGAAGUGGUGCCACUCAAGGCUAACUUGGCCAUUCAGGAAAGCAAGCUGGAAGAGGCUAAUGAGAAGCUGGACCAGGCUAACGCUCAGCUGGCUGAGAAGGAAGCAGAGUUCAACAAAGUCAAAGCCAAGCAUGACGCCGCCGUGAAGGAGAAGCAGGACCUGGAGGACGACGCUAAACGCUGCAAGAAUAAAAUGCAGGCUGCAACGGAGCUCAUUGAUGGCCUGAGUGGGGAGAGAGAACGCUGGACGGAGCAGAGCAAACAGUUCAAAUCGCAGAUAAACAGGCUCGUCGGCGACGUCCUCCAGCUGGCCGGCUUCCUGUCGUACUGCGGGCCGUUCAACCAGCGUUUCCGUGACAUCCUGCUGAAGACGGUGUGGGAGGCGGAGCUGAGGAAGGCCGACAUCCCUUUCUCAAAAGACCUGGACAUCCUCUCUGCCCUCGUGGACCCUGCAACUAUCAGUGAGUGGAACCCAGGACUCCCAGGAGAUGACUUGUCUGUGCAGAACGGCAUAGUCGUCACUAAAUCCACCAGAUACCCGCUCCUCAUCGACCCCCAGACUCAGGGAAGGCUUGGAUCAAGAAAAGAAGAGGCCAACUCGCUGCAGGUGACGUCGCUCAACCACAAGUUCUUCCGCACUCACCUGGAGGAAUGUCUCUCUCUGGGACGCCCGCUGCUCAUCGAGGACAUCAGCGAGGAGCUGGACCCGGCUCUGGACAACGUCCUGGAGAAGAACUUCAUCAAGUCUGGGACCAGCUUCAAGGUCAAAGUGGGAGACAAAGAGGUGGACAUAAUGGACGGCUUCAAGCUCUACAUCACCACCAAACUGCCCAAUCCAGCGUACACCCCCGAGAUCAGCGCCAAGAUGUCCAUCAUCGACUUCACUGUGAACCAGAAGGGCCUGGAGAACCAGCUGCUGGGCCGCGUCAUCCUCACAGAGAAAUACGAACUGGAGGAAAGGAGACUGAAGCUCAUCGAGGACGUAGCUGCCGAUAAGAGGACCAUGCAGGAGCUGGAAGACAACCUGCUGUACAAACUCAGCACCACUAAAGGCUCCCUGGUCGACGACGAGUCCAUGAUCGGCAUCCUGAACACCACCAACACCGCCGCCGAGGUCAGCGACAAGCUCAGCGAGGCGGCCGACUCCGAGAUGAUCAACAAGGCUCAGGCGGAGUAUCGUCCUGUGGCCACUCGGGGCAGCAUCCUGUACUUCCUCAUCACAGAAAUGAGCAUGGUCAACGUCAUGUACCAGACCUCCCUCAGCCAGUUCCUCAGAGUCUUCGAUCUGUCGCUGGAGAGGUCUGACAAGUCCCGGAAAACCAAGCGGAUCAAGAACACAUCAACUACCUGCGCUACGAAGACUCAUAACCUCUGA